GCUAGGAGGAACUGUCGGCCAUGUUGCCUUGGUCUUUUGAUCUGCGAAGCAAAACUAUUUUUCUGUCAAUGCUGGAAACCGAAAAAGGGUUAAAGAGUGGCGAAGUAAAGUAGCUUUGAAAUGUUUAGAUAGAUACAUGUGUACUGUGUUUUUAAAGCUUCGGUUUUAGCAUAAUAGAGCUUUAGGCCCUGUAUAGGCCUUAUACGUAUAAUAUAUGUGUAAUAAUGCGGUCGUAGUCCUGUACGACACGGCUCAUGAAUGCCAAUCAAUUAAACAGUAUCAAAUGGCUUGUUAGUAUUUUAUUGCUAUCAUAUUUCCCAGUCUGAGUAUAGGCCAACUCUGCGUUACAGUUAAGUUUGAUUGAGACCAUCGGAGUAUUUAUUCUAAAAGAUGGAAUCGCGGGAAAAUUUUGUGAAGCCCCAACAUCCACUGCCAAAGGAAAUUCAGUCAAUGAAACCUGACGAAACUGUUUGCCAAUUUUGUGGGGUGAGUUAUUUGAUUCAUAACGAAAUAAAGAAACUGGAGGAAGAAAUAUUGUUUUUACAAAAGAAGUUAAAACAGUACGAGGGAUUUGAUGAGAGGGAGGAAAACUUAUUGCAACAACUAACACAUGAACGCUCAAGAAGUAAGGAAUUGGGAGAUAAGCUGCUGUUAAAGGAAGAAGGAUUCAAGGAUUUGGCAGACAAACUAAAAGAAACAGAUGUAAUAAAAAAAGAAUUUGAAGUGAAAUAUGAAUUAUGCGAUGCAAAAUUACAAGAAAGAGAGAAAAUUGUUUCAAAUUUGAUCAUAAAGGGCAAAGGAAUAAAGAAACUGCUAAAAGGUGUACAGGAAGUAAUUUUUAAUUUAAAAACAGAAAAGGACGCUCUAAUAAAAGAUUUUACAGAAGUUAAAAACCAAAAGGAUGAGGAGUUGUUGAGGGCACUUAUCACCCUAAAAGAGAUUGCCUGUCAAAAUGAAAAAGAAAAGAACCAAAAAAUAACAGAGUGCAAUGAAUUGAGAAGAGAACUUGAUGCCUGCAGAGGAAACUGCACUAAGCUGAAAGGUGAUUUGGGCAGAUUUGAGGAAUUUGUUCAAGCUAAAAAUGAUCUAGAACGAUCUUUAUUGUCAAGAACCAAAGAGUUAGAGGAAAAGGCUGUCGAAAAUUCAAAAUUAGCUGGUGAAAAAGAAUCAGUGUCUGAUGCACUGAACAAAAUCAAGUCACUAUUGAGCGAGCGAAAUCACAAGUUGAUGGAAAUGGAGUCUUCUUUGAAAGCUAGUGAGAGUACUUGUAAUAAAGCAAUAGAAGAAAAAACCAAGCUAGAAAGAGAAUUUAAUCAAGAGAAAGGUAUUAUUUAUGAACAGUUAAAAGAUCGGGAAGAUCAAAUUGAAUGGUUGAAAAAGUCCAGCGACAAAGAAAAGGAAGAGAUGUCAACAGCUUCAGUUCAAUUAAAGGUUUUGAAGGAAUGCCUUGAUAAAGCAAAAAUGGAAGUCGCAAUGCUGAAGAAGGAAAGAGAGGAUAUGAUUGCUGCUCAUCAAAACAGAAUCGCGCAGCUGAGAGACAGCUUUAAACAGAAGAUGCUGGAAGCUGAUUCAUGGCCUAAGAAGCUUGAAGAAGAGUUAACAAAACAACGACUUCAGCUAAACGAGGAGAAAAAUCAACUUUGGGAGGAGCUGACAAAUUCUUUCCAAAAGGAAAUCCAGGACUUACGAAAUGCACAAGAAAAAGAAAAGGAGGAAUAUAUGAAAAACGAGAGACAGAAAACUGGAAAGAUUCAAAAGCAAUACGAAACAUUGCAGAGGCGAUCUCGUGAGGAAAUCAUCAACCUGGAAACGAUGCUUUCAAAGAACAAAGAAAAGCAAGAUAGCAUAAAUCGAUCCCAAGAGGCUUUGAUACAGAAUCUCGAAAUGAAAAUAACAGACCUGGAAAGUAGGCUAUUGAAUAUGCAAACACAAACAUUGGGCGAGGAUGGCUCUUAUAAGCAGAAGUACCUUGACACGAAACGGGCCUUGGAUUACAUUACGGUAGACUUUGAGAAGCUCGAGACGGAUCUCGCUACCAAGAAGGAGGAGGUCAAUCUUCUGCAAGAAACAGUGCGAAGGGAGUGCGAGGAGAGGUUUGAGCUGACAGAUGCCCUAAGCGAAGCGAGGCUAAAAUUGCUUUCUAUUGAGAAAAGAACAACAACUAGCAAGCACUUGCAGAAUAGAAUGUUGCCCAGUCCUCCGGCAUCAGGCACUGGUCGUAGCAAAAUUGAUAAAGCUAAUUCGAUAGAAUCCAUGGAUGGCAGAAUCAAAUCGACCCAGUGUUCAGCGAGCCAGGAGACGGGUGUCACCUUCGUUGCUGCCAGGUCGAUAAGUGAGGAAGAAAGCAGCCGAAGACGAAUAGCAGAUGCACUAGCAAAGAACAGGGCCAGUAGUAGGGCAAGUUUUGAUAAAUUUAGGUGACCUGUUAGGACACCGUGCAGUUCCUCUUAUAAGCACAAGAAAUGCAGAAAUCUCCCUUAGGGAUAAUGUCGUAUUUACGAUUUAUGGUCGACCUUUUCUAUCACAUAGACACGCAAAAGAACGAAGGCCUCCUUAUCAACAGAACAGUGAUGCUGGGGAAUUUAAUUUGCUGGGAAAAAUUGAUAUUUUACGUUAUGAAGAAUUAAACUGUAUCAUUACAUUCAAUUUAUGGUUAUAAUAAAAAAGCUGAAGAAUCCGGUCAGGAUAAUCCGAUUAACCUCGUGUCAUACACGUCGAGGAGUUUUUUUUGACUGCAUCAACGAAUCACAGGUCGCCUAAGGUCAGGGAACGCUCUCCUACAAAUAUGACAUCCAAAAAACAUCAUACCUUUACGGGUUCUUAAUGUACGCCCCAAAUCCAAUCGAAAAUGCAGAAAUUUUUCUAUUAUAAGUACACUUUGUUAUACCGUGUGUGCCGGAGUCUCAGUGAGAUAGUUUGGUCGGUGAAAAAUUGGGAAGCAAGACAAGAGAGGAGGACCAUCUCUUUCACUGAGGCUCUAGUACCCAGGGUACCUUCUAAUAAGAAAAAUUUCAUAAGAACAGGAGCAUCGAAAAAAUAAAGAACAUAUUAAGAACAAGCCAAUACUAAUCUACUGAUUUUGUACGUAAGUUGUUAUUAAAGAUUUUUAUCUGUAAGAACAUUGUUAUUAAGGACAUGUUUCAUGGCAGGAUAUAUUUUUUGCUAAUAUUAUUAAAAAGCAAUAUGUUCGUUAUACACCUCAAGUGUUGUUCUGUUUUAAUUAUUGUCCUUUGACUAAAUUUAUUUGAAGGCAUUCGAUGGGUGUUAAAGUGGCUGUCAAUCAUUUUUCCCCAAUCAAUGAGCGUGUUAGUGGAACCACACUCACUGAUUGGUCAAUUUUUUAUUUCAAUUUGUCUUAAGAAAAUUUGGCUAAAUUUGGCUAGCUGAUACCGACAUUUCCCUGAAUAAAGAUGAAAAAAUAGUCACUGAUGAUCAUGAUUUAGGUGAGAUUUUUAAUGAUUGUUACAUAGAUAUUGUCGAAAAUACUUCCGGUAAGAAGCCUUCCAGUAUUGCCAAUGCGAAUUCGAUUGGUGAUGAUCGCGAAAUUGUAAGGCUAACUCUUGACAAGUACAAGGAUCAUCCAAGCAUUUUAGCUAUAGUUCAAGAGCCUGAGCAAACUUUUCAAUCUUUUUCUUCAAUGAGGUUACUGCUAGUGAGGUAUGGCUCCAACUGAAAAUGCUCGACGGUAGUAAAUCAACAGGUGUUGAUCAAAUUCCACCGAAACUUGUUUCUCUCGCCAGCGAUGAUUUGAUUGUGCCUCUUACUAAAGCCAUCAAUUGCAGCAUUCGAAAUUUCAUAUUUCCCCAGAAUGCAAAAACUGCUGCAGUUUGCCCUUUAGACAGAGGUGAGCCCGCUCGUACUAUGGAGAGAAAUUUUCGUCCAGUCAGUAUACUCAACACUUUUUCCAAAAUCGUUGAGAAAAUUCUAAAGGAAUUGCUCAGUCCCUUCCUUGAUAAGACUCUUUCAAUUUUUAUUGCAGCUUAUAGAACAGCUUACAGUACACAGCAUGUUUUGAUUAAACUUGUAGAAGAGUUGAUUCUAAGCUUGACAACAAUUUUAUUGUAGGGUCCGUUUUGAUGGACCUGUCAAAAGCUUUUGAUUACAUCCCGCAUGAUUUGAUUAUAGCUAAACUUCAUGCAUAUGGUUUUGAUGAAAAUUCUCUGUUUCUUGUCUAUUCCUGUCUUAAAAAAUGAAAGCAGAGUAUCCGAAUACAUAACGUCUAUAAUUCCUUUCAAGAAAUUGUAUCAGGAGUACCACAGGGAUCCGUUUUAGGUCCUAUUAUUUUCAAUUUCUACAUAAAUGAUCUUUUCUCUUUUAUAAAGCAAGCAACCAUGUAUAAUUAUGCUGGUGACAACAGGCUUGCUUUCUUUUCCAAAUCUUGUCAGGGUCUUGAAAGUGAAGCCGACACCGCUUUGUCAUGGCUCGAACAAAAUGAAAUGAUUGCGAACCCGAACAAAUUCCAUGCACUUUUUGUUAACAAGGACCAGACAAAUACUUCUGGCAUAAAUCUUAACUUUCAAGGACAUUCUAUCAAAUCUGAAGAGACUGUUAAAAUCCUUGGUGUAACACUAGACUACAAACUGAACUUUGACCCACAUAUAUGAUACCUUUGAAAAAAAGCUGCGGCACAACUGAACGUUCUUAGGCCCCGUUCACACGGGAACGCAAUCGUUCCGUUCCAUUUUUGUUCCAGUUUCUGGAACGAAAAGGUAUACUGUUCACACGGUAACGGAACGAUUGCGUAUCGAUUUUUGUUUAUGUUCAGACGGGAACGCAAUCGUUCCGUUCUGCAAUUUGCGCGCCAAAAUAAGUGAAUGAUUUUUAAUGCGCAUGUCCAUAAUGGAGAUAGAUUUCAUCAUUUCGAUUUAUCUCUGAGCCAUCUCUGAAUUUUUUAAACAGUUUGAAAAAAUGGAGAAUACAAAAGCGCCCCAAAAUAAGCAAGCUCGUGGGAAAAUUGAAGCCAACCUUAAAAGGAAGGAAUUUCAAUGUUUGCAGAAUGGUGUUGAAUCUUUCAAAUGGACUGACGGCGAGAUUCAGCCCAAUUGUGUUUUUGAAAUCCUCCAUUUUCUUCGCUGAGUUUAUUAUUGUCACCUUUUCCUUCCCUCAACAACAACACUGACGCAUGCGCCAAGGGCAAAACUCUUAUCGUUCCAUUUUCUGGACCAGUUCUGCGCGUUCACACGGAAACGGAACGGAACGAUUGCGUACCGUUCCACUUUUCGUAUCACUUAUUUUAUCGUUCCACUUUUUGGAACGGAACGAUGUCGUUUGAAGCGUUCCCGUGUGAACACAACCCCUGAGCGUUCCGCUUUUCGGAACGGAAAAGAACGGAACGGAACGAUUGCGUUCCCGUGUGAACGGGGCCUUAAGCGACUCAAGUCAUUUAUUGGUUUCGCUGAAAAAGAAGUUUUGGUUCGAAGUUUCGUGUAUUCGAAUUUAAACUACUGCCCUUUAGUUGGGUAUUUUUCGUCUUCAAAAUCACUUCAGAAAAUUGAAAGGAUACAGGAACACGCGCCAAGAUUUGUGUACAAUGAUCAUAAAAGUUCCUAUGAUGAUCUUCUUACUAGGUCAAAAAAGUAUACAAUGCAAGUUGCUCGUCAGAGAACCCUCAGUAUUGAAGUAUUCAAGACAAUUAAAAAUUUGAAUCCAACUUUUAUGCAGAGCAUUUUUUCGUUCAAGAACUUUAAAACAUCCUUCUCGGAAUCCUAACUUAAAGCCAUAGGACCUCAGAUCUGAAACUGUCUGCCAAAUGAACUAAAAUCAGCUGACAAUCUUAAAAGCUUAAAUCUUAACAGCUGAUAAAACGAUGGGAUGGUCCUAGCUGUAACUGCAACGUUUGCAAAUAUAAUUAUAUCGAUAUCGUGUAAAUUUUGUCCAUUCAUAUCCAAGUUGCUUCAAAUAAUUAGCUUAUGUAUGUACGUGUUUAUUUCCUUAGUUAUUUCCUCUUAAAUUUGUUGUACAGUAGAUUCGAUUUAGAUUAAUUAUCUGUGUAUAUAUCCAUAUAUAUAUAUGUAUAGCUAGAAGCAAUAUCGAAUUAAAAUAAGGUUACAAACUAACUAACUAACUAACUAACUAACUAACUAACUAACUAACUAACUAACUAACUAACUAACUAACUAACUAACUAACUAACUAACUAACUAACUAACUAACUAACUAACUAACUAACUAACUAACUAAUAAGUUCUGAUAAAAGAAAAUC